AUGAAAGCACCCGACUCUUUCCGGAACCCUGGUCUUUGGUGCGACUUCCACCGCGACCACGGACAUAAAACGGAGGACUGCGCCGCACUAAGGAUCGAGGUCAACGAACUACUCAAGAACGGAUACCUCCGAGAAUUCCUUUCCGAGAAGGCCAAGAGCUAUCUAAACAAAGAGACGUCCGGGAAGCCCACCGAAGCUGUUCCCGCCUCGCCACCUCGACAAGACCGAAUAAUCCACGUCAUAUUAGGAGGCUCGGAAAUCAGUGGUAUAAGCCUUGCUGCCACGAAGAAAAGCACCUGGAACGCCAAGAACGGCCUAGAGGUAGCCAAGCCAAAACGUUUUCUUCUGGGUACGGACGAUAUAAGCUUCACAGCCAAAGAGCAAGAGAAGGUCUUAACCCCACAUCAUGACGCCCUAGUCAUAUCCCGCAUUGUAGCGAACUGCCUAGUAAAGAGGAUAUUGGUAGACAAUGGGAGCUCUGCCAAUAUCAUCUUCCAAGCCGCAUAUCAGGACCUAGGGCUGGAAAAAAGCGCUCUGACACGGAGAAUAACCCCACUCAUAGGAUUCAGCGGAGAAGUCAAACAAACUGCUGGAGAGGUCAUCCUCCCAGUAUACACUGAAGGGAUUAGCAUGUCAACCAAGUUCCUUGUCGUUGACUGCCAAUCACCUUACAACAUGAUCAUGGGACAACCAUGGAUUCAUGACAUGGGAGCCGUCCCUUCGAGUCUUCACAAGAUGGUGAAAUUCCCAACACCCUGGGGCAUAAGAGCAAUCAGAGGAGACCAAGAGAACUCCCGCUCGUGCUACUACACUACUCUGAAGGGAAAGAACAAGGUCUUAUAG